UCAGCUGUUGGCCGUCAAUUCAAUUCUCGCCACGCCGUCUUGUUGUGUGUUUAUUAUUUUUUACAUUUCUUUGUCCAAAUCAUUCCGUACGCGUAAAAUUAGAAUAUCUUUUGAGAUAAACCCGAAGGCGUCUGAUUGUUAACUGAGAUGCCGAAAAAGAAGACUGGACAGCGCAAGAAGGCGGAGAAGCAGAAAUUAAGGCAAAAAGAAAUUCGCUCUUCCAAAGAUUCGAGGUCUGUGGCCGAGUUUGCCUGCAAUCAGGCUAUGGAAUGCGACCACUGUGGAAGAAAACAAAAGAAUCGCGCCUUCUGCUAUUUCUGCCAAAGUCUGCAGCGUCUUCCAGUUUGCGGCCACUGCGGAAAAGUGAAGUGCAUGUUGAAAACUGGAGAUUGUGUCGUCAAACACGCUGGAGUGUUUACCACAGGUCUGGGCAUGGUGGGUGCAAUUUGCGACCACUGCGAGGCUUGGAUUUGCCAUGGACGGAAAUGCCUGCAAGUGCAUGGCUGCGAGUGUCCUUUGAUCGACGCCGUUUGCAACGAGUGCGAGCGAGGCGUGUGGGCCCACGGAGGCAGGGUUUACCGAUGCUCUUUCUGCGACAACUUUCUCUGCGAGGAUGACCAAUUUGAGCACCAAGCCUCUUGCCAGGUCUUGGAAGCUGAGAGCUACAAGUGCCAGUCGUGCAAUCGACUCGGGCAAUACUCUUGUUUGCGUUGCAAGGUUUGUUUCUGCGAUGACCAUGUCAAACGCAAAGGAUUUAAGUACGAAAGAGGCAAAGCAGUUCCUUGUCCGAAGUGCAACUACGACACCCAAGAGACAAAGGACCUCAGCAUGAGCACCCGGUCGCACAAGUUUGGCAGACAAGGUGGUGCCAGGGAUGAUGAUGACGAUGAUUACGAAGGUGGUGGCGCCUAUUACUCAGGCUAUUCUGCUCCCAAAUACGAUGAUGAUGAUGACGAAGAGGGUGAUUCUGAUUACAACCCCGAUGGAAGUGACAGUGAUGAGGAGACUGAAGAAUCUGAGGAGGGUGGAAAUUAAAACUCGCAGAGUAGGCACAGGAGGUGAGUUUGCAGUGAUUCUUCUUGCUGGUGCGCGUUUUGGCUGAUGAGGGGGUGCAUCGUUGAUGUCGACAUGCCAAGAGAGAGGGGCAGGGACUUUGACAUUAUUUCUCUCUUGCCACAUUUCCCUUCUGGGCCUGCGACCUUCGUAGUACGCCGAGUCAUCCUCGCUUGACCUCUGAAGAUUAUUGCUGUUUUUAUUUUUGCCCAAGGACUGAGCUCUUUUUCUUCUAUCCAGCUGGGGUGGUGACGAUGACCUUUUUCAUAAUAAUUUAUUUUCAAUGCGCGUUCAGCAGGAAUAUUUAAAUUUUCCUCACCUUGGAUACUUAUCGGAUUCAUCAGUGCUGUCUGUGGUCACCUUUGACCUUGAAUUUAAACUGCUGCACCUUAUCCUGUAGAUGUCCUUGUCACUCUGCUUCAUGUACUUUUUAUCUGUUCUAUUUGCGCCCCAAAUUGGACGCGGUUGAUUUGAAAGCAUUAACUGCUGCUGGGGUUGCUUUUUGUUAUGGCGGGUAAAUACCUGCUUUGAUAGCGAGUUGACCAAACAAAAGUUAAAUUAUUGAAGCUGAUGAUGGAAAAUGCGUGUACGUACUUGCGAGAUGUCAGUCUGGGUCGCAACAUCACGACCUGAUCGGCUCAUUAGAAUGCGCCGCUCUAAUUCUGGAGCAAGCAAAACGGCAACUUCCUUGCCAAGCAAAAUCAUCUCAUCGUCGCCUCCUUCUAUUUUUACUGUUAUUUAUUUAUUUUUUUUAUUAAAGAAUAAAAAACACAUUGGAUUAUUUUCAGGCUUACUUGGAAUAUUGAUAGGUUUGGCUCCAUAAUCUUGGUGCACUCUUUUGUAUUCUUCGUUGAUGGAAAAAUUCUGAACUGCAGUGUUGCUUUCCUCAGCUGGGUGGUGCAAGGUCAAGAUUUCCGGCUCGUGACUAGG